CUUGCUUACAAAUUCAAAUCUAAAAAAUGGGAAGUGGAUUGUAGAGUGAGAGAGGGAGAGAGAAAUGGCUAGAAACGAAGGGAAAGCGAAAUCAGCGAGGAGAGCACUGAGAGAUGUAUCGAAUAACUUCAAUAAUCACGUUAGCAGUAACAACGGUGGAGGAGGAAAAUUCUCGAAAUCUGUGAAUACGAAUAAGAAACUGAUCUCAGAGAAGCAAAUCGAGAGCCAACAAAGUGUUGCUACGGUUCAACAAGAAUGCAGCGGUGGAGGAGAAGAAGAAGACUAUCUCGAUCGUCUCUUGCUUGUUCAAUCCAAUCUCUCCUCCCUCACUCGCCAGAUUGAUGAACUUGUUGCGGAAGCAUUUAAACUCAAGGCCACAAGCAAAGAGGGAAGAGGAGAAGUUGAAUCCUUUUCUCAUGUAUUGUCAGAUAUGCUUUCAUCUUUAAAGCCAUGGGUUCCCAGAUUUCAAAAGGUCCUCUCAAGUCCUUCCAAGAGUGAGAAUGAGUCUGGGAAGCGUUUGGGAGAGAAAAUUGUGUCUGCUGUAAAUGAAGACGAAAACUUAGAGGUUGAAAGUCCAGAACAAACCAGGAUGGACUCAUUGAUCUCUCCUUCUCCUCUUGUGUCCUGGCGAGCUGACUGUAAUAUUGAGAGAGGCAAACAACUCUUUCUGCUAACACCCCUUCCUAUAUCAAAAACACUGUCAUCUAAACAUCAGGACUUGUCUAAAUCACUAUUUGAGAGAAUUGCUUCAAAUCCUGCUGUUGAGCUACCAUCAAUUUUAUCAGUUUCUGGAGACUUAAAUGAUGAUUUGCUUGAAGGGAUAGCUACAAAGCCAACCCUGACGAAGCCUUCUGAUUUGCUUGUGAAUGAAGGAAAAAGCAACAUUGAUUCUGAAUGUUUUUCACCACCAAUCCUUUCCAAAAGAGAUCACUCUAUUUUUGUUAUGACACCAUGCUUAAAGAUGUCCCCUCCAAAAUCAUGUGUAUUGCUUGAACCCGUUUCCGAGCCUUCUCAUAAAAACAGAGCCAUGGUUCGGCAGUCCACCCCAUUUCCUGUAGGACUUCAUUCGCAGAUUUCUGAAUCCCCCUCUGACAGUGAAGGUUCUGAGGAUCUGGCUUUCAAAUAUCCAGAGCUCUUGGGCAUACAGGCAGCCUACAAAUCCAAAUUCGGACAGAAAGAGUUAGAGGCAUCCCCGAAAUGGUCUUUUUCACCUCCUAAAACAUGUGUUCUAUUAGAGCCACCAGAUGAGAAAUCACCAGACACGAUCGUUGCUGCUGAUAACCACUUGCCAAUAAGUGCUCCUCUGUUGAAUCAGCAAACGAAUUUGAGUUUAUCAAAAUACAAUGAUCAGGACGGUUGUCAUGAAAUCAAGAAAUCUUGUAACCAUGAACCCAUACAUGAAAACUUCAACCUAGUAGAAAGCACACCUGUGUGGAAAGAACCGGAAAGCACAAUUAGGAGAGGUAAGCGUCCUGGUGAGAAUACUCUGAAGAAGGAACUGUGGACAAAGUUUGAAGCAGCAUCUACUUAUGGGCUUCGUUUGAAUGCGUUUUCAUUGCAAAGGACUGCACAAAAAGGAUUUCUUGACAUGCUUGAUGAAGUUUCUCUUGAUGGGGGAAGGCCUUCGGCUGAUAGUUUAAGAUAACAUUCUUCUCGAUGUUUAAAGAUUUUGAUAUGCAAAUCAUUUUGUAUGUUAUUUACUUUGCAAUUGUAUGUUUAGCUGUGGGCCUGUGGCAACUGGCCAGGGCUUGGCAAAUAUUUUGAUGUAUACGUCUUCUUAAAAGCUUAUAAGUUGCUACUUUCCGUCUUUCGGCAUUGUUUCCUUGUUAA